AUGACUCAAGCACCGGCCGAAUAUUCUCACGACCAUGUCAUUCUCCUCCUCGAUACACCUGAGUUCGAGAGGCCGCCGGCCUGGCUAGCUGACAACUUCAACAUCAUCGAGGGGGGCACUCAUGCAGGGGGCUCGUCACGCAACAAACUCAUCAUCUUCGAGGACGGCACGUACAUCGAGCUCCUGAACUGGAUCGGCAAGCCGGCCGAGUUUUUCGACUGGGCCGGGAAAGCACCGGGCCUGAUCGACUUCGCACUGACGUCUUCAACGCAGUCAGCCCGGGAAACACACGACUCCGUCGCCAAGCGCCUCAACUCGUCAACAUCACAAACCCUGGCCGGAGACGGCGCGCUCGGCGUGCGCUUCAAAGACCCGCUGCACGGCGGGCGGAAGCGCAAGGACGGCAAGCAAGUCGAAUGGUACGUGACGAAGCCGCGGUUCGACAACGGCGCGUCGAACGUGCCGAGACCGAUCGAGCAGUGGUUCCCGACGGGGAGGCUCGACACCCCGUUCUUCUGCCAUGAUGUGACGGAGCGGAGUCUGCGUGUGCCGCAUGCGGAGUCCGGGAUUGCGACGCACCCUUCCGGCGCGAAGGGUAUUCUGAGCGUCGAUGUCGUCGUGCCGCGGGACAAGGUGUCCGCUUAUGCGGCGCUGUAUGCGAGUGUUACGGGUGCGGAAGCCAAAGGUGACGAGGAGGGUGGUGGGGACAAUGUGCACUUGAAGCUGGCCUCACCAAAUGGCGAGUCGCUGAGGGGUGUGCGUGAUCGUGUAGGUGUUGUCAUUCGUGCGCCGAGUGGUGAGAGCGACGAAACGUGGGUCAAGGAGCGUGGUGUCGGCAUCAGAGAAAUCAAGAUCUACGUUCCUGGGAAGGCUAAGGAGACGCCGCUUGAUGAUACGGGCAUUGGCAGUAGUGUGUUCUUCGUCGGCUGA